AUAACGACGUUUUGUUUAUUUGUUGCUGUUGUCUCGCACGUGCAUGCAUUCAAAUCAAAAUCAUGGGAGACAUUGUCGAGGCAAUAUUCAUUAGUUCUUUAAACAAUGAGCGCGCCUCCUGCAACGUGCAGGAUCUGCGUACAGGCACCGAUCUGAUGCGAUACAAAGGUGGCGGCCAAAUGCAGCGACACACGCUAAAUAUGCUGGGCGAGAAAUUCGUGAUUGCGGCAAACAGCACUAAACCGCUGCUCCAUGUGUGGCACCUCAACGGACAGGAACAGAUGUCCACCAUACGCUAUGUCGUGCCUGGCAAUGUGACUGCCUUAGCCCUUAGCCCAGAUUCCGCCUUCCUCAUCGCUGGAAUUCAGGAAACAAUCUAUGUGUGGCAUUUGAAUUCGGGUCGAUUGCUCAACAUGAUGGCCAAGCACUUCCAGGCGAUCACCUGUAUACGCUUCACCGACAACGGUGAACACUUUGCCACUGCGGGCAAGGAUGGUGCCGUGCUCGUCUGGAAUCUAACACGCGCCGUGGCUCCGCUAGGCAACGGCGACAGCGAGGACAAUGCACCCUUCUACAGCUUCAAUGAUCACGGCUUGGCUGUGACUGAUGUCCACAUUGGCAUGGGUGGCAUACGGGCCUUUAUGUACACCGUUUCAUUGGAUCGCUGCUGCAAGGUUUAUGAUCUCAGUAAUGGCAGCAUGCUACUCAGCGUCGUGUUUCCUGUGGCUUUGCACAGCGUCAUCGUAAACAAGCUGGAGACGAGCGUAUUUGUGGGCACCGGCGAAGGACAAGUGCUGGUCUAUCACAUGAACAAAAUACCUCGCAUGAAGGAAUACCAUUUGGAGGAGAACGAGAGUCAAGCCUUUGUGGGUCAUACGGCGGGCGCAGCCAUCACAAGCCUGGCGUUGUCCGUUAAUGCGGAUCAGCUGAUAUCUGGUGGUGAUGACAAACAAGUCUGUGUUUGGGAUGUGGCCAGUCGCCAGCUGAUUCGUAGUAUUGCCCAGUUGGGCUCCAUUACCAAUCUGCAUUUGCGUCUCAUUAGCUCGUCACGCUUUCAUCCGGCUCCCAAGGCGGCCAAGUUCUUUGCCGACAGCCUGAAGCGUGUGAUAACGCCACCCAGUGAUGACGAUUAUAUUGAAGUGCUGGUCACCGAGGAAUACGAGGAUAGACAGCAUUUAGAGAAACGUAAUUUUGAUGACAGCUACUUUCCAACCGGUCUCGAGACGGACGACGAUGACGAAGAGGAAGCUGCAGCAGCAGCAGCAACUGAAGAGGAGCAAGAUCAAGAUCAGAAUGAUGAUGAGGACGAGGAGAUGGCGGAACCCGAAGAGUCACACGAUGCGUCUCUGUUGGCAGAACUGGCCAGCUUGCGUGCUGAGAAUGCACGUCUUAAGCGCGAAGCGAAGGCUUUGGUGAACAUGAAAGUGGAGCAAAUCGCGGGCCAAGUGUCCAGCAAAAAGAAGAACAAAAAUAGAAAUCGCAAAAAGUAGUUGUAACAAUUAUUACAUAUAUAUCAUAUAUAGAAAUCAAUAAAUUUGUUAAGAA